UCAAAUAAUCAAAACAAAAAAAAUCCGAAACCGAAGGUCGCACUUUUGUUAGUGAAAAUUUCGCGAAAGUACAUCAGGAAAGUGUACCCUCUUCACAUAGUCGGUUUUCUCCUAUUCUUCUGAGUUCCGCCGGUCGUUUACAGCUACAGAACUUGCCAGUGGAAUGGAGCCGCAAGUGUUUCAUCCGUGCGAUGAAGCGGUCAUAUCGACCAACGACGAUGCUAGCAACUGCAAACGAUCCGCUGUUAAAAUGGGCUACUGGAAGGACGACUAUCUAGGAUAUUUUGUGCGCAGCCCGGAUCGAAAAGCUCCCGAGAUCAAUCGAGGCUACUUUGCCCGGGUCAAGGGUAUUGAGAUGUGCAUCGAAAAGUUUUUCAAGAAAACCGGUGACAAGUGCCAAAUUAUCAAUCUUGGUUGUGGUUUCGAUACCUUGUACUGGAGACUGCGUGAAUCGGGCCACAUGAUAACCAACUUCGUGGAGCUAGACUUCCCUGCGGUGACAUCACGUAAAUGCUAUCAAAUCAAGCGAAAUAAAAAUCUGCUAGAGAAAAUUCACGUCGAAGACGGUGAAGUUCGCCUGAGUCCGACUGAUCUACACUCUAGCAACUACCACAUCGUUGGGGUCGAUCUGCGAAAUAUUGACGAACUGGCUAUCAAAAUGCAGCAAUCUGAAGUGGACUUCAGUAUCCCGACGAUUUUCCUAGCUGAAUGUGUGCUGGUUUACAUUGAACCACAGAACAGUAGCAAUCUGCUGAAGUGGUUUGCCGCCAACUUCCAGUCGGCGGUGUUUGUCAACUACGAACAGGUCAAUAUGAACGAUCGCUUUGGGGAUGUCAUGCUGAAUAAUUUAAGACAGCGAGGCUGCAGUUUGGCCGGGGUCGAGUCUUGUCUUUCGUUGGAAACACAGAUUUCCAGAUUCUUGAACUGUAAUUGGCAUGGCGCACGGGCAUGGGAUAUGGUGCAAAUCUAUAACAGCAUCCCGCCCGCAGAACGUGCCCGGAUCGAACGAAUCGAAAUGCUAGACGAGGCCGAACUGCUGAUGCAACUGUUCCAGCAUUACUGCAUCUCGGUGGGUUGGAUCGGAGACCUCUUUCAGGAUAUUGAAAUCACUGUUGAAAAACGACUAUCGUCGUUGAAUAUUGACUAAUCGGGCAGCGGAAGCGUGUUCGGAAAUCGAAUGGCAGAGAUUAUACUUAUUUAUUUCAUUCUAGAAUCCUUUGAUUAGCACCGUUUUGUUAUUUUCUAUUUUAUAAUCAAGAGAAGUGUGGAUAAAAAGUCACCAUUAUUGUCAUUAGUAAUAAAUUCCGCACGUUAAACAACGAUUUUUUGAGUUCUUGAAAAAGUAUAUACGGCGCAAAAGUUCUGUUUUGUUUUACUAUAAUCGGAUAUUAAAAGUGUUAGUUUUGCUUGUUUUUUUUUCAAAAACUGAAUCACUAAUUAACAGCUGAGUUCCACCAAGAACCCAAAGCUGCCGAAUAGUACGAAGGCCUUACUGAAGGCGUCGUUCCGAGAAAUGAAAUUUAAAAUGUUCACAUGACAUGUUUCAACUAUUUAUCAGUGUAGUGUGAUGUUUUACAACAAAUAACCUAAACGUAUUCAAAAUGUGCAGCGAUCGAGAAUCAGAAUGUAAUCAACCUUAAAGGAAAACCUUAGUCAAACGCUCCCAACCUCGACCUCUCCUGGGAUUGUCUAGUUGUAGAUAGAUUUUAACGAAUUGUUCCAUUUACACAACCAAAUGUUAUGUACGAAAGCAAAAAAGCAUUUGCAUUCUGUAGCUGGUCGCAUUAUUCCUUAGUCAUUCACACAAACAAAUGAUAGUGUUCCCUCGAUUUUCAGUUCACAAGACUGCGACAGUUUCAAUCGUUUCGAAUAUGUAUUUAGAUACAGUCAUUGUAGAAAAGCUAGAUAUCGUUUAGAAUUUUACCUUAAUCGGAACAAGUGUCAUCUCAGGUGUAUCAUUCUACCGAAAUUCAGUUUAUCCCCAGUUUCUAUACUCAUUAAUAAACACGAGAAAAAUGUGAA